AUUAAAUAAAAUGUUUUUAUUGAAGCACAAGAUGCUAUUUGUAACAUUCUCAAAUCAUGCUGGAGAACAUGGACGCCAGGUUUUACACAAAAUUCAUUCAUUCAUUCAUUCAUACAAUCACUGAAUUGUUCUGUAUUUCAGGAGGUUUCUUCUGAAGACCCAUCCUUAAGUCUUAGGUGAAUAAACAACUGUGUUAUUUCAUUAUAAUUCCAAUGAAACCGAUUGCUAUCUUUUCUUUUAAGACUGUCUUUCCUGUUGUUGUUGUUGGAGAGAUGUUAUGAGGCAGGUACUGACAUGCUCAUGUUCCCCAUUGUAAGCUACUUUUUUUAAAGAAAAAUGAGAUCCAUUACCAUUCCUGAAUGAAACUGUAGUUGGUUUAUAUCAUCAACACCAAGAUUUUCCUAAGGAAUUAGAACUGACAUCUCUGACAUGAAUGGAUGAUGCAGGAUAAGCGAACAGUAGACAUCUGGCAGUCAUCAUUUCUUCUAAAACACCAAUUGUUAUCAAUGACUUCCUCAUUCCCUCCUAAUUCUACCCUCAGCCCAUCAUCCCCCUCAGAGCUCCACUGCCCUCUUCUGCAAACAAUGAGAUCUCACACCUUAAACAAAGACACUGGGGUGAACUUGGCAGUGGUGAGCGUCCAUGGUGUGGUAUCCGCUCUGGGGAUCCUGGAAAACGGACUGGUGCUGUGGGUGCUGGGUUUCCGUCUUCGUCGCAAGACGGUUGCUGCAGUAUGGGUCCUCAAUCUGGCGCUGUCGGACUUCCUAACCACACUAACCUUGCCGCUUUUCACUCAUUACCUAUUGAAGAACCACAGCUGGGAGUUGGGCGGUGCUUUGUGUGCAGCCCAGGCCUCCAUUUUUUUCCUCAACAUGUUUGUUUCUGCCUUCCUGCUGGCUGUGAUAUCAUUGGACCGUUGUUUGAUGGUGACUAAGCCAGUUUGGACUCAGAACCAUCGUACUGUUUCAGCAGCAUGGAAGAUCUGCGGUCUAGGAUGGGCUUGGGCGGCGGUUAACACACUUCCGUAUUUCAUGUUCCGUUCCAUUGUGGAAAAGAAGGAUGGGCACAAACUCUGCUAUCACAAUUUUGCACUCUAUUCCUCCUCAAACACACUGCACAGAGAUUGUAAGGUGCGUCAGGCAGCGACGGCAGUGUCCAAAGUCUUGCUGGCUUUUGUCAUACCUCUGGUUGUCAUCGCUGUCUGUUACACUUCCAUUGUUCUUGAACUGCGAGCUCGCAGAAAGAGGCUUGAGAGUCGACGGCAGGGUGCGAACAAUGGCAAACAGAGAUCCUUGAAAUUCUUCCGCUGCCUGUCUUCAUCAGGCAGACAAAACAGCGCUCGACUCUCAGAAAGUUUCACGAAGAUGGUCGUCUCAGUGAUCGCAACCUUUAUUCUCUGCUGGGUGCCCUACCACGUCUUCUGCUUGCUGGAGGUGACGGCUCAGUACAAGACAGAGAUUGUGGAGCUUGUGGAGGUGUACUUACCUGUCGCGACAACGUUUGCCUUCCUGAACUCUGUAUUGAACCCAAUUAUCUACGCUUUUAGCUGUCCAAACUUCUGCAUUCGAAUCCGCCAAAGUUUGGGGGCUCUUUUCGAGGGGCUGGUGGACGAAGCAGGACCCAUAGUGUGGGUCACAGAAAGGAUGAGGAGGAAAGAUUCAUUAUUCCCCUCUUCACCCGGGUCUCCCACCUUCACCAGCGUCACUCGCGUCCAGCAUGGCGUACAUGGCUCCAUCAACCUCUUUGGCUUUAAAAACUGCCCCACAAAUGAGGGAGAGAGGGACGACAAAAUGUGACUUUAUGAUGUGGAAUAUCAUAUCCUGGAAUUGAUGACUAAUGUUUCUGCGUGAACUACGGUCUACCAACCAGAGGUUACAAUCAUGGGAUGACCUUAUAAGCUUUUAUCUUUUCUGCAUCUCUUUGCUACACUGGGUUUGAUUUAAGCUAUAGUCAUGCUGGAUUAGCUCUGAGGUUGUUGUGAUUUUGAGAAUAUUAAAGAGAGUAUGUCCCUGCUACUGGUAAACACAAAUGAACUCAAAACCAAAGCCUCUCAAACACACACAAGUCAACAUGACCAAUAUUCCUGUUUCUGUUCUCUUGCAUUGUUCAGAUUAUUGACUACAUGCAUAUAUAACUCAGCAACAGGGACUUUAUUGGAAAGGUUUUUUUUCAUGCGUGUUCAAUGAACCAUAAGCAAUUAUACAUGCAACUGUGGAGUAGACAAUUACGGACACAGUUACUUAGGACAGUAAAAAAGAGACCUUUCUACUGACUCUCAAAACACCAAAAAUAAGAUGGUCCCUGAUCACCUGUGUGAACAUGCCAUAGUCCUUGCAGUGUCAAAGUGUUAAAAUGCAACUAUGUUUCCCCCCAGAUGUGUUUGAGAACUUGCAAGACGGCUUGGUGGAAGAGUGGGGUAACAUCUCACAGCAGCUCGUGACCACAUAAGAUACUCACUGCGACUUUUGUUCAGGGACUCAUUUUUCCAUUUCUGUUCUUCAAAUGCCUGCAAAACAUGUUGAGUUUAUGUUUUAUAUUCAUAGAAAUAUUUACACGUUAAGAAAUUUACAAAAUCACAAUCUAUAUGAUACAACACUUUUACCUGUUUCUAUUGCCCAAUCUUUUCUCAUUUUAAACAAACUGUUAUUACAAAUUACAUUAUCAACAAUUUAAGAAAAAAAAAACAAAACAAAAAAACGUUUGGAAGAAUGUUACUGCUGCACUCUUCCAUUCUGUAAAAGUGGAUGGUGACCAGAGGCUGACAAACUGUCAGAAGUAAACAAAAAAAUGUGAUAUGUGCAUACAAAUAUAAUUCUUCCAUUUUUUGUCUUAUGUCUUAUGAAGCCAUAUGAUUAUGAAGAGCAGACUAUAUUUCACCCAAAAAUGAAAAUUCUGUCAUGAAUUACUCGCCCUCAUGUCGUUCCAAACUCGUAAGACUUUCGUUCAUCCUCAGAACACAAAUUAAGAUAUUUUUAAUGGAAUCCAAGAGCUUUCUGACCCUGCAUAGACAGACACGUUUUAUGGAAGAUAGUAAGAACAUUGUUAAAAUAAUCCAUGUGACAUCAAUGGUUCAACCGAAAUGUUAUGAAGCAACGAGAAUACUUUUUGUGUGCAAAGAAAAUGACUUUUUUCAACAAUUUUUUCUCUUCCGUGUCCGUCUUUGACACGAGAGCACCAUUACGCAGGUGAGUAAUUGAUGUCAGAAUUUUCAUUUUUGUGUGAACUAUACCCUUUAAGUUUAUAAUCACUUAAAAUCUUGCUUGAUGGCUGUGGUUACCAUUCACUUUCACUUCAGGAAAAAGUUUGGAUCUUCUUCUAUAAAUAACAUGUAUUGCAUUCCACAGAAUCAAGAAGCAGACAUACAUAUGGUAAAAAAUAGUUUGAUUUUGAUUAUUGUGAACUCUCUGCAGCACACGGGUUGCAUGAACUUCACAAGUUUGUGUAAAACGUAAUGAUCAUGUUAUCCUUAUCCAGGAUGAUUUUGAUGAUCCAAAGAGCAACUUAUGUUUCAAUGGAAUCAAGAACAUCUGACCAUCUGUACAAAAAUAAUCUCACAUGAUCAACGUUAUAAAUUUGCUUACUUGAUUAGUGGCCUUGAAAUAGUGCAGAAUCUCAAAUAUUUCUUCCUCAAUUUCCAUCACUGUCAAAAUACAAUGUCUAUAAUAAUAAUUAUUUUAAUAUGGCUUAUUUAAUAGAUAGUUUUGCAUUGUACAAAACUUCCACAGUAUCUGUAUACUUGACCCAGUUUUUAAUAAGCAGCUGUAGUUAGCAAGGGAUCAUGUGAGAGGGAAAAAAAUAGAAAUUGUUGAACGGAUGGAUUGGACAGACGGAACAGUUCACGUUUUAAGCUGUAAAAGAGUGAGCUCUGUGCUGUAACAGUAUGAAACAGAUGCUCUUAGUGGUAUUAAAACUCCAUGUAUGCGUCACUAGCAGCUUGCAGCUACUCUGAGCACUCUAGGACAAAGGGAAUGAGGAACCCAGCAAAUCAAGAAGCGCUUUACACUGGAGUGUACAUGUUCACUGACACAUACAUGCUUAGCAAGAACCCACAUUUACAUAUUCUUCUCAUAGCUCUUAAAUAUAAUGCUUGUUUUUAAAUUAAGCUUGUUGAAUAGGUCUUAGCAAUUAGAUUAUCAAUUGAAUACAUCUUUAGCAUCUCUGUGAA